AAAAAUUGCAGGUGCCUUAAGAGCGCGUGACGAAUGAGCAAGCAGUCGUACCAGAUGGUGGCCGUACGAAGUUCCGUCGGGUACGUGGACGGCGACGACGAACCAGUGCGCACCUCCUCCACUCCACGUGUCACUUUUCCCGGACUCCAAUUCCUCCAUUCUAAUUCGCUUCUGUGCACCGUAUCACGUCCGCCCCACUCUUUCGCAAAUCAUAAACCCAUCAACCUUGUACUCCAUCAUCGCACUACAAAAACAAAUUAUUAAAAUCCUAACAACAAUACAAUACUCUGUGUCCCUCUACAUUCUCCCAGAAACCGAAGCCCCAAGUUUCGGAAAAUGUGAAAAAACCUUUCUCCUCUUUCCUCUUCUCGCAUUUCGGACUUCCUCCAUCUUCUUUUCCAAAAUAAAAUGUUGGACAAUUUUGGGGAGAUGCGCAAAACAGAGCAUCUCUUCGAUUCACAGGAACACAAUCUGAAGCCAUUAACUGAAAAUGCUAAAGUUCAUAUAGAGGAAUCUGCUCCCGCGUUUGGGGAGGUUGGAUCGGUCUUCUUGGAAUCGGAAGAGGAAGGUAUGAGGCUGCAGCUUCUAUUAGAAGAACCAAAAUAUAGUAACAUUUUGGAUACAGUCUUGGAUAUUAAUGCUUCCAAUGCUCAGAAGAACUUCAAUGUCAAUGAAUAUCUUGAUUCCACCUAUCACAAAGCAGAUGAUGGGGUACUGAAUUCAAGUUUUACUGAAGGUAAUAAAACAGUAGAACAGUUUCUAGAUGGACUCUCAGAAGAAAACUUUAGUGUGGUGUCUUGUGAAGAAAAUAGUCACUUUGAUGCAUGCAAAGACUACCUGUUGGAUGUUAUGUUUGAUGAAAGGGCUCAUCAGAGCCUCCAUUCUGUUCUGAACAAGGAAAUUUACAUGGAUGAUGAUACAAAGUUUGAUAACCAGAAGUUGUCUAGCACUCGACAAAUCGAGAAUUCAUCUCCUUGCCAUUCGAAAAAAACGAGGGCAUGGCUUCUCCCAGAUUUCAAUCUUCCAGGUGAUAAUUCCCACAUUGGUCAGAAUAUGAAGAUUCAGCUGCAAAUCACUAGUGCUAAAAGAUCUGCCCGAUCAUCUGCCACUCGAGUUUUCAAAUCCAGCCUGGCAUUAUCUUCUUCCUCCGAAGAUUCAUAUGUUCCGAGGCUUGAAGCUAGAUAUUCUCAGAAUAACUUGCGGGUUGAUGAAAUGUCAAGUGAUAAACUGCGCAAGGUUUUUCAAAAGUUAUUCGGUCAUCAAACUAUUAUUACUGACGAGCAAUGGCUGAGGCACCAUAUUUCACUUGGCUUGCAGAAGAGUGAUAAGUGGAAGAACAAUUUGACCCUCGAGGAAUUUUCUAUCCCAAAUGAAAAUAAAGGAGUCUCAGUCUCAUCUGCAACCGAGGAUCUCCUUAAAGCACCUAGUCCCUUUCCUGGUGUAUUCAGUUUUAAAAGAAAGCAAAGGGUUCAACGUGUGAAGAAGAAAGGAAACAACGCCAGUUGUGAAUCCUUCAAAGACUUUUUGUUCGCACUUGAAAGAAAUUCUGAAUGUGGUCAGAAGAAACCUGAAAUUUGCAAAAAGCACACAAAAGAUAACGUUCUACAUGAUGCAUCAAAGUGGCAACAUUACAGAGAAGGAUCCAGAGUACCAUUACAGGCGGGAAACAAGCAUUUUCGAGGUUGCACUGAAGUUCCUCGUGAUCUUCCUUUUAAGGAAACGACAACCAGGAAUGAGGGACAUGAAUGGGUGGAUCAUAGCAGUAAAAGGCACGAGGAUAAUUGCAGUAAUGCCUAUAGCGAUUCUCUAGUCGAGUCACUGGAAGAAGAUGAUGAUACAUAUACGGGGGAGUCGGAAGAUGAAACAUCUGAAAAUGAAUGGAAGACUGAAAAGAUCCAGCAGCAUAGAAAGAACCACUUCUGGUCUCUAACCGAGGUGAUGAAUCUGGUUCAAGGUGUUUCCAAGUAUGGUGUUGGAAGAUGGAUUCAGAUCAAGAGGUUAUUUUUCCGCUCAUCACCCCAUCGAUCUCCCGCAGAUCUUAAGGACAAAUGGAGAAAUCUUUUGAGUGCAAGCUGUGGAAGGUCACAGAAGAGAAGGGUACCGAGACAAAAUGGAAUACCACACUCAAUACCUCAGCAUAUUCUACACUGGGUUCGCGAUUUGGCCACCAUUCAUCCAUAUCCAAGAAAAAAAGUCAGGCAAACCGCCCCUUCCAUACGGGCAUCAAAUACAGCCCCAAGAACGUGAUCCCUUCUCAAUUCUCUGCUAUAAGCCUGUAAGUAGUGUAGAUAUGGCAAUGGGGUGUCUCCCCAGUUUAACACCAGGUAUUGCUUGUUCAUAUGGAUAUUGGUAGUUAGAAUGCUGACAUUUUUGGAACUAAACCAUUAAUAUCCAGCAGCAAAACAUAGUUGACUUGUACUUCCAUGUUACCUAGUACAUGUGUGUGCCCUAAAAAUGUCCAACUGUUUGUCAGUUGUGAUUCUCCACAUUACUACCUAUUAGAAGAAUCUAUUGGAUGUUAAUAUACUAAAUGGUUAAAUA